AUGAACGACGAGGACAGCCGCAACUCGCGGUUGUUCCGGCGGCGCUACCGCGUGCGCUUCUCGAGGUUCAAGUCGCUCGUGGAGGACACGAAGAGCUGGCUGAAGCCGGACGGGUCGCCGGUCUUCGCGCGGUUGUCCGCGGCGGGCAUCGACGACGCGAAAACGGUGUUCGUCGAGAUCAAGGUCAUGAUCGUCCUGCGGUGGCUGGCCACGGGCGCGAGCUUCGACCUCAUCGGCGAGCUCUCCGAGACGGGCGAGACGACGGCGCGGGUCACCUGCAUCACCUGGGUCACGGAGUUCGCGCGCAGGAGGUGGACCGACUUCGUGUAUCCGCCGGAGGGCGAGGAGCUCAAGAAGGUCAUGAAGGUGUUCGACAGGCUCGGCAUCACGGGCGCAGCGUUCUCCAUGGACGCCGUCCACGUCCACUGGGCCCGGUGCCCGGUUACACGCUCAAACUUUUGCACCGGUAAAGAAGGAUACCCCACUUUGGCGUUCAACGUCGCCGUCACUCACUCGAAGAGAAUCAUCGCGGCGACCUCGGCGCAGUACGGCGCUCGCAACGACAAGACCCUGGUGAAGUAUGACGCCUUUAUAGACGACGUGCGGUCCGGAAAAUCGCUCAAAACUCAGCCUUUUAGACUCCGAAAGAAGGAUGGGACAUGUUCGGAGGAGACGAAAGCCUACGGAAUCUGUGAUGGCGGCUACCAUCGAUGGGCCUGCUUGCAAGCCGUCGAAAAACUCGCCUCGGAUCACGAUGGAGCCGGGUUCUGCAAGAGGAUCGAGAGCGUGAGGAAAGACGUGGAGAACGUCUUCGGAAUCAUGAAGAUGCGGUCCCGGGUCCUCUUCGGCAAGUUCCUCCUCCUCGACCAGAAGGUCGUUUCCGACGUCUUCCACAGCUGCUGCAUCAUCCACAACAUGUGCCAGAUCGACGAGGGCUGGGACGCACGAGGCGAGGACGAGCGGUUUUGGUCCCGAGAAGCCCCCGACUCGGUUGCCAGCCCGUUCUACGAGCUCGACGACGAGAUCAUCGCGCCGGAAACCGUCGACGACCACACGUUCGUCGGCGCGCCGGAGGUGCCCGGGGCACCCGAGGUCACACUCAUCCAGGAGGUGGAAUCGGAGUAUCAUGACCUCCGGAAGAGGAUCGUCGAGAACUUCGCGGUCAAGAGGGACGAACGGUCCCUGCAGUGGAUGCGCUGA